CUGGCAACCAGAAUUUUGGGCAGGGAGAGCGGCUUGGCCAUAGACAGCCUGCGGGAGGCCCGGUUUGUGCUGCCGCGUGGGGCCUCGAGGCGCGUUGUCAGGCAGCUUCACUUGGCUAACACCUCCUGCCCUAGGAGGAGCAGGUGUUGGGGAGUCGUGGUCGAAGCCGGCUCCCAGGGAAAGAGCCAGGGCAAGCAUGCAGGCCCGUGCCGGCGGCUCCGGUGUUGCGGGUGGCCAGGAAGAUGGCCAGGGUGGCAGCAGAAACCUUAAUGGCCAGGGUGGCGCCGGAAACCAGGGUGGCGUGGGCUCAGCAGGCGUCUCUGGCGACUAUGAUGGCACAAACGCGACAGCCGUUUCGCCGAUUGCUCUUGUACCUAACAGCAGAGGGCAGAUUGUCCUGAUGUCUACUUGCCCGGCGAUGCGUCGACACGCACUCACCCUCAGGGUGCUUUUCGGGUCUCCCAUCGAGGCGGAGGUCGCCCAAGGAUUCCUGGCUAUUUUCGACGAAUACCCCAGCAUUGACAGGGAGCUCACCAUGACCGGCAGCAUUCUGGUUGU